AUGACACUCGUCCCUCCCUUCACCGUGCGUGGUACUCGCCUUCCCCACGCAGUGCUGCUGUGCCUCAUCAUUUCCAUCGUGCUCUCCGCGCUGUGCGCCGUGCGCGGUGCGCAGGGUCCUACCGCGUCGUCGAUAGCGGCGGCAAUGGAGCGCGCGUCGUCGUCGUCAUCGUCGUCGCCGUCGCAGUCGUUCAACGUGUCGCUUCUCCUCCACAACAUCACCGGGCUGCUCACCAACCUGCCCGCGCGCGCGCGGCUCACUCUCUUCGCGCCCACCGAUGCCGCGUGGCGUGCCGCAUUCCACGCCCUCGCCCUGCUGUACGUCAACGCCUACUAUCCGUUCCCCGGCGGCGGCGGCGGCGGCGGCGGCGGUGGCGGCGGCGACACCCCCCGUAAGCGCGGGAAGUUCCACCCGGGGCGCAGCGGACGGCGCCGUCUUUUCCGGCGGGGGUUGCCCGCGUCGCUGGCGCCGCUGGCGAAGGAGCGGCCCGAGACGCUGAAGCCUCUGUCGGAGCUGCUCACGUACCACGUGGCGACGACGACGGCGCUGAACGCGGUGGCCAUCGCGGCGCAGUUCACGGCGGAUGCGGGCAACCUUACGACGGUGAACGGGCAGGGGCUGUGGAUCAACUUCAACACGAGCCAAUCCGCCUCGCUGCUCAACGCGUACUCACCAGCGCAGCACGCGCUGAUGAGCGAGGGGGUAAUCGUGGGGCAUGACGACAGCCUGGGCUACCCGAACGGCACCACCAUCGAGAAUGAAGGCACCCUGCUCUUCCCAAACGGCACGACCGUCGCCGCUAACGGAACCGUCCUGUUUGACCCCGCGACGACCCCGUUUUUGGUGGACCGGAAUGGCACGGAAUACUACAUGAACGGCACUCUAGUCGCCGCUAACGGAACCGUCGUGUUUAACCCCCCCAACGAGCAAUCGCCCCCCUCCAACAGCUCCGCACACUCGCACAUUCAAUCUGCGGCGCCUUCCCUGGCGGACCUCGCCCCCUCCGGAAAGACCCCCCGCCGCCCGGCGAACAUGUACGCGUCGUAG